AUGACCAUAAUCAUUUUCCUCUUGCUUUUAUUUCUUAUGGUUUUGAAAAGUGACAUGAGAAACUGCAUUAUUGGUGAUCCCCGCCCUAUUUCUCACAACUAUUUCCAACCUGGUGAUCUCAUCAUUGGUGGCAUUACUUCUCUUAUGUUCAUGCCUAUAGAACUAGAAAACUUCAUGGAAGAUCCCCAUCUUUCUUUUAUUGAUGAAGUCAUGUACAAUUAUUAUUCCAGAGUCCAGACUAAAUUUUAUCAACAUGUUUUGGCUUUGAUAUUUGCUGUGAAAGAGAUUAAUGAAAAUCCUCAGAUCUUGCCCAAUGUCACCUUGGGCAUCAAUAUUUUUGACAGUUAUGGUAGAAGAUGGAUUUAUCAUGCUACAAUGGAACUUUUUUCACCUCUGAAGAGAAUGGUCCCCAAUUAUAAAUGUGGGAUCCAAAACAACUUGGUUUCAGUCAUUGGGGCUCUUUAUUCUGAAAUCUCUAUUGACAUGGCAGAUAUAUUGAGGAUCUACAAAUUUCCACAGCUAAUAUAUGGGUCCCAUCCAGAGAUGCUGGAUCAAAGUGAAUCAUUUUCCUUCUACCAUAUGGUCCCAGAAGAAAAUGUGAUGUACCAAGGACUUCUUCAGCUGCUUGUGUAUUUCAAAUGGAUCUGGGUUGGGAUACUUGUGAGGAGAGAUGAUGGUGGUAGAUUUGUGCAGAUGACCUUUUCAACUUUUCCUCUUCAUGGCAUUUGCAUUGCCUUUUUAAAAAUAAUUAAACAAUUACAUAUCAGUAACUUAUUUGAGGAAUUGGAUUGGCUAAUAGAAACAUUUUAUCUCACUAUGAAAAGUAAAGCCAAUAUAGUAAUUGUCUAUGAAACAACACUUCUACAUCUGAGGUUGUUACUAUAUCUUCCUAAAAUGGAACCAUUGUCUAUGGAGCCAAAAGGUAAAGUGUGGGUCAUACCCUCCCAAAUGGAUCUUGCAACAGUGAUUUACCAAAGAAGCUGGGAUAUUCAAGACAUCCAUGGUGCCCUCUCCUUUUCAGUUUACUCCAAUGAAGUUCCAGGAUUUCAGCAAUUUGUUCAGAAAAGGGACCAUUUCUUAUCAAAAGAAGAUGGCUUUAUCAAAGAUGUGUGGGUGCAUGCAUUUGAAUGUGUUUUUCCCAGUCCUCUGGUGAAUGAGAAAAAUGGUGAUAUUUGCACUCUGAGGGAGAAACUGGAGAAUCUUCCUGGUGCUUUUUAUGAAAUGAGCAUGACUGGCCAAAGUUACAAUUUAUAUAAUGCAGUAUAUGUUGUAGCUCAUGCUUUUCAUGCCAUGCAUAUAGAACAAAAAUCCAAAGGAAUGUGGUGGGAAGGAGGAAAAAUGAAUAUUCAGGAGCAACAGCCAUGGCAGAUACUACCUGUUUCUGUGUGUACUGAGAGCUGCCUUCCUGGUUAUUUCAAUAAAAAGCAGGAAGGGAAGCCAUUUUGCUGCUAUGAUUGUUUUCCAUGCCCCAAAGACAAAAUUUCAAGAGAGAAGGACAUGCAAGAUUGUUCUGAAUGUCCAGAAGAACAAUACCCAAGCAAGAAUAAAGAUUCAUGUCUUCCCAAGAAAAUAUCUUUCUUAUCCUAUAAAGAACCAAUGGGGAUAACCUUAGUCAUUCUGGCACUUUUUCUUUCCUUCUGCACAUUUGGAGUGCUGGUAACAUUUUUGAAGUAUUACCAUACUCCUAUCAUCAAGGCCAAUAACCGAAAUCUCACCUAUGUUCUACUCAUCUCCCUCCUCCUCUGCUUCCUUUGCUCACUGCAAUUCCUUAUUGCACCAGGCAAGAUAAUAUGUCUCCUCCGACAAAUUAGCUUUGGCAUCAUUUUCUCAGUAGCCGUGUCUUCUGUGUUGGCAAAAACCAUCACUGUAGUUAUGGCAUUCAUGGCCACCAAGCCAGGAUCCAGGAUGAGAAAAUGGGUGGGAAGAGGACUGGCCACCUCUAUUGUUCUUUCUUGUUCCCUGAUUCAAGUAGGCAUCUGUACAGUGUGGCUCCUCACCUUUCCCCCUUUCCCUGAAGUUGACACUCAUUCAGAAAUUGAGGAAAUUGUACUGCAGUGCAACGAAGGUUCAGCUACCUUUUUCUACUGUGUCCUAGGUUACAUGGGCUUCCUAGCAGCUGCCAGUUUCACAGUAGCUUUUUUCUCCAGGAAUCUCCCCAGUAGUUUCAAUGAGGCCAAAUGUCUCACAUUCAGCACAUUGAUCUUCUGCAGUGUAUGGCUGUCUUUUGUUCCUUCCUACCUGAGCACCAAAGGCAAAUACAUGGUGGCUGUGGAGGUUUUCUCUAUUUUGGCCUCAAGUAGUGGGUUUCUUAUCUGCAUAUAUUUCCCAAAAUGUUAUGUAAUCAUUGUUAGGCCAGAGUUAAAUAAUAGAGAGCAACUCAUUAAAAGAAAAAAAAUGGUAAUAAACACAUAA